AUAACUGAGUUUCCAGCUACAGUAUAUAAACCAAUCUCAGAUUUAGAUCCUUCACCGUUUGCCUCCUGCUGCUCCCGUCCAGUCCUCUCCACUCUGCUUCAAUCUGGAAUAAUGGCUACAGCUGGAAAGGUCAUCAGGUGCAAGGCAGCCGUGGCCUGGGAGCCCAACAAGCCUCUGGUGAUGGAGGAGAUUGAAGUGGCUCCACCUCAGGCGGGAGAGAUACGGAUCAAGAUCGUGGCCACAGGUGUGUGCCACACUGACCUGUACCACCUGUUUGAGGGGAUGCACAAAGAUGGCUUCCCAGCCGUUCUGGGCCACGAAGGAGCCGGGAUAGUGGAGAGCGUCGGACCUGGUGUCACAGAGUUUCAACCAGGAGACAAGGUCAUCCCCCUCUUCAUCUCCCAGUGUCGGGAGUGUCGCUUUUGUAAAAAUCCGAAGAGUAACCAGUGUGAGAAAGGAUGGGCUGCUGAGCAUUAUGAUGUAAUGGCCUUAGAAGAAUCCAGGUUCACCUGCAAGGGGAAGAAGGUUCUACAGUUUAUGGGAACCAGCACCUUCUCCGAGUAUACCGUGAUGAACCAGAUCGCGGUGGCUAAGAUCGACCCAGCUGCUCCUCUGGAUAAAGUCUGUCUGCUUGGUUGUGGGAUCUGCACCGGGUUUGGUGCAGCGGUUAACACUGCUAAGGUGGAACCGGGCUCCACGUGUGCCGUGUUCGGACUGGGAGCCGUAGGUUUGGCAGCAGUCAUGGGUUGCAAGUUUGCAGGGGCCAAGAGGAUCAUCGCUGUUGACGUGAACCCCGACAAGUUUGAGAAAGCCAAAGUGUUUGGUGCCACGGAGUUUGUGAACCCCAAAGAUCACGACAAACCCAUCAGCCAGGUGCUAGCUGAGCUAACUGACGGAGGAGUGGACUUCUCUCUGGAAUGCGUCGGGAAUGUGGGAGUCAUGCGCAGUGCCCUUGAGUCUUGUACGAAAGGGUGGGGUGUCAGCGUGGUUGUUGGUUGGACAGAUUUGCACGACUUUUCUGCUCGACCCAUUAACCUCAUCGCCGGCCGUACAUGGAAAGGCUCCCUGUUUGGAGGGUUCAAGAGUAAGGAUGGAGUACCUCAGAUGGUCAAAGCCUACCUGGAUCAGAAGGUGAAGCUGGAUGAAUUCAUCACCCACAACAUGACUUUGGCUCAAGUCAAUGAUGCCAUUGAGCUGAUGAAACACGGCAAAUGCAUCCGAACGGUCCUGAGUGUUUCUCCACAAUAACUCAGAAGAAGACUUUUACAUGUGUGAUGUAGGACAACCCGCUGUGCAUCACCUGAGAUUUACAUCCACGGGUCGAAUGUGCAACGCAACAAACUGUUUAUGGAGCAAAAUAAAUCACCUGAACAAAUAAAGCGUCUGAGUUUCCAAUCUUAA